UUAGACGCACCAUGGCUAUCUUCCAGCUGCUUCAGAUGACGCUUAUCAUAUAGAACGGGAGGCUCUGGCCGUUGAUGUACCCAGCCCCACACGAGGCACGCACAGCACAACACAUCAAACUGAAUGCAAGGCGAGUCCCUUUCGCCCAAACGGACGCGUGGACUUCAAUUCAGCCUUCUCGUCAUCCCUUCUUGUUGGCAUAAUGUAAACACCUGUCCAGCUAAUGAGGCAAUGAAAACCGUUAUCGAGAAUAUGUAUAGCGCGCUUACAACGGCUUGUACAUCAAUCCAUGAUCAGCUGAGUGUCGCUUGGAGUGCUUCGACCACGUAUCCGUCCAGAAGUCAUGAUACUUGCCUGGUAUUUCAAUGACCAAGAGAUGGUUCACCUGGAGUGUUUUAUGUACACCCCGCUUAGCUAUAGUAUAAGAAGAAUGUAUCAGAAUAAUUU